GAAAGAGAGAGUUACGAUCAACCGACAGUUGAAUCCAUGAUACAGGGAGGAGUGAGAGGGUCGAUUUGGCAUAGGAAAACUAAAAAGUAGGGUGGUCAUCCUCAUUCAAAAGUCAUUGAUAUUGACGUGGAAUGUUGUUAGAAAAAAAUAUUACCAUCGAGGGACAAUAGCGCAAGACUGGAUAGCUUGACUGGAUUAACACUGCUGAGUCGACCACGGAACUGCCGCGGCAUGAUGACUUAAAGGUCUAGCCCAAAUGUUGUUUUUUUGCUUUUUCGAUCAAUUAAACACGUGAACCAAAUUUAUAUUUCCAGGUGAGAGAAGACAGCACCGCCUACGCUCUGCAAGUGCCCAUAUUUCAGACUCAAGUUUUAUUUUUGAAAGGUUCUCUGUUGUUUCCCAGGGCUCCUCACGUGCACCAGGGAGCACACGCGGGUGUGUGUGUGUGAGAGAGAGAGAGAGAGAGAGAGAGAGAGAGAGAGGGAGAGAGAGAGAGAGAGAGAGAGGGAGAGAGAGAGAGAGAGAGAGAGAGAGAGAGAGAGAGAGAGAGAGAGAGAGAGAGAGAGAGAGAGAGAGAGAGAGGGAGAGUGAGACGAUGGUUGUCCUCCGGUUCCCCAGGCUGGCUCUGGCCCUGCUGGCCCUGCUGCCCCUCCCCUCGCUGGGCUGCCCCUCCAGCUGUCGCUGCUACAGCCUCACUGUGGAGUGUGGAUCUCUGGGAGUCAAAGAGAUCCCACAGGGGAUCCCUGCAUUCACUCAGACCAUCUUCCUCCAGGACAAUGCCAUCGUCCAGGUCCGUCUGCAGGACCUGUCCAGGCUGGGCUUUCUUCACUACCUGUACCUCCAGAACAACAGCAUCUCAGCCCUGGAGCAUGGGGCCUUCCUCAGCCAGGGACAGCUGCUGGAGCUGGCCCUCAAUGGGAACCUCAUCCACCUGGUCACAGCAGACAUGUUCAGGGGCCUGGAGCACCUUCGGAUCCUCUACCUGGCUGGGAACCAGAUCACGCUGCUUCAGGACCACACCUUCAGAGGCCUGCAGCGUCUGCAGGAGUUGCACCUGCAGGAGAACAGUAUCGAGGUGCUGGAGGACGAGGCUCUGUCUGGCCUGUCCUCCCUGGCCCUCCUGGACCUGGGCAGGAACCGCCUCCGCACCCUGGGCCCCGCCUCCCUCAGACCUCUGGUCAGCCUGCAGGUGCUGCGUGUCACAGAGAACCCGUGGCGCUGUGACUGUGCUCUGGCUUGGCUGCGUACUUGGAUUAACGAGGAGGGCCAGCGUCUGCUAAGCUCGGCCGAGCGGCGCCUGCUCUGUGCGGAGCCGCCUCGCCUCUCCCACCUCAGCCUGGUGGAGGUGGCGGCCAACAGCCUGGUGUGCAUCCCCCCCGUGGUGCAAAUGGAGCCCAGCCAUCUGACUGUGAGGCUGGGGGAGAGCCUGCGGGUUUCCUGUCAGGCCUCGGGCUACCCCCAGCCCCAGGUCACCUGGAGGAAGGCCGCCCACAGCAAGGCCCAGCUCUCCCCCCGAGGCCUGUUGCAGGAGCAAGGGCCUGAGGCAGACUUGUUUCGGUUUGGGGCUGGGGGGCCGGUGACCGCCCGGCCCAGAGCGAGGAAGUCGAGGGAUGGAGCUGAUGGAGGAGCUGUCCAUGGGAUGGUGCGAGGGACUGAGGAAGGUGGAGAGCGGGACAGCUUUGACCCAGAUAUGGGCAGCGGGAUGUUGUUCCUUAGCAACGUAACAGUGGCGCAUGCCGGCCGCUAUGAGUGCGAGGCUUGGAACCCUGGGGGAGUGGCCAGGGUGACCUUUCACCUGGCUGUCAAUAUGUCCUCCUCGUCUUCCUAUUCUGCCUUCUGGCCUCGUCUGCACUCAUCCCCUCCCUCUUCCUCUUCCUCCAUCUACCACCCAGAGGUUGUGGAUGUGAGCCAGGAGCCUCUGUAUGAGCUAGAAAGCAUGGACUUCAAUGCCUUGGGCUCAGCCACCCAGACAGCGAUCGCCAUGGGCAUCUCAUUGUUGGCGCUCACCGCUCUUCUCCUCCUCGUCAUGAUCUACGCCCGCCACCAGCAGCGCAGGAAAGAGGAGGGCGGGGGCUUCUGCGGCAGCAAGGAGGAGAGCAUCCUGUAUGUCAACGACUACUCCGACGGCCCCACCACCUUCGCCCAGCUGGAGGAGUACCGCGACGAGCAGGGCCACGAGAUGUUCGUUCUCAACCGUGCUAAGCCUGUCUUGUCGCCGGAGCCAGCCUUCACCAUGCUGAGUGGCUUUGGCCACGGGGGGCUGAAGGAGGCUCUGUUGGAGCACCAGGAGCUGCAAGUGCAGACACUGAGCAGGUUAGGGGGGAUGGGGCCACGAAGGAACCCUGCCGAGGGAGGUGAGGGUCCCCCCGUAGACCCGGAGGGAAUGCUCAUCAAUCAGAGUCUGCUGUUUGACACGCAGGUUGCCUACGAGAUCCACUGUUGAGAGCUGAUUGGCUAAAGGAGGAGCAGGUGUUAGUUGUGCUCGAUUGAGGCGAUGAAUUCCUGGAGAGAGAGACAUUGUGCCAAGUGUUUCAAUGUGUUAUCCAGCCCUGAGGCUGUAUGGAGGUCUCAUGCUGGACUGGUUGAUUAGCGAUCAUGGAGGACUAUGGAGAGACAUGUAUUUUGUAUUUCCACUGAAAACAUACUACUGUAGAAAUAUUUAGCAAAUACACAUUAUCUACAUUAGAGAUUUGGACAUAUUAGACAUGGAUUGCACAACAACAUUGUUGUCAUUGUUGUCAAUUGUCAUAUUUAGUGGAACAUUGUAAACAAAACCAUAAAUGAACAGUAGGUAUUGUGAGGUCUUUGGAAAAGUGAUAUACUAUUUUGUACCCAUGUACUGUAUAAUUCUGUUUGUGUUACUGUUCUCUCAUUUCUAAAUGUGUUGUUCUUCACCGUAAAGUACUGAGCGUACUGUACUGGAGUGUACUGGACUGGAGUGUACUGGACUGGAGUGUACUGGACUGGAGUGUACUGGAAUGUAUUGUUCCAUUUCUCAAAAAACGAAAAAAGAAAUGUGUAUAAUUACACAAUGCUGUCAAUCAAUACAAUGAAAGCACUGGUCCAUAAAUGAGUGGCUGUGAGGGGUAAGAUUUAUAUUAAUGCAACAGUAUAUCUUUAAUACUUUUUGUAUUCCUGAUUUCCAUAUAUACAGGUGAAUUCCUGUCUGGUAUAUUCCUUAUUAGUAUUUUCUUAAAUACUGUUACAUAAAUUCAUUUUCCAAGCACUA